UGGCGCCUAAUGAAAUGAAACACAUUCAACAUCACAACGAAUGUCAACUCUUUUCCGUUUUUAUGGCAUAGCGAGGUGGUUAAAUUAAUUGUUUUGGGCUUAAAUUAUUCCCUUGGAACAUGAAUAUUGAAGCUGGCCGACUGGAAGAAGAAGCGCAGAAGAGACGUGAUAGGUUAAAGAAUUUAAAGAGGCAUGUUUCAGAAAGUUCACAUUCUGCAAACCAUGAUGCUGCUGAACUACCAUUACCGAAACCUGUGUUUCGAAAUUACACUCCCUCGGAUGAUGAGCUUCGUCUGAACCAGUUACCCAAAGCUAAACCAGAAUCAAUUGAAAAUGAAAUUCAAAGUCCAACUGAAGCAACCAAACCUGAACCCCUAAUAGAAGAAGUGGAUCUAGCAACCUUGGCUCCCCGUAAACCAGACUGGGAUUUAAAAAGAGAUGCUGCGAAAAAACUGGACAAAGAGAGAGACUAAAAUCGGAUGAAGAUGUUUUGGCUGAUGCUGUAAAUAGUUACUCAGAAACCGUCCAUGAAGAUAAUUCUGAUGAUGAUUAAUUGUAAACACCUCAACCAAAAAGAUUGAAUCUUUUGAUCACAUAAAAUUAUUUUUCUUUUCAUUGUCUGGUAAAAUGUUUAUUUUAUAUGCUUACACAUUUAUUUAUGUAACAUUGUGAAUAUAAUUUUAAAAACUGAAGCAAAGUUUGUUUUUAUUUCUUCAUAUGACUAAAUAAAA